AUGCAUAGCCAAGUCGAGGGGCCUGGUGAACUUGAACGUCCGCUACCUGUUGGCAGCGGAGGCCUUGGUCAGCGGCUCGCACCCCACAACCACAGAGUAUUACGAGUGGCAAGCACUCCGGAGUCUAGACCUAGACCGGUAGUCGCUCGACACCACACAGAACGAACGCUUGAACCUCCUACUUACGAAACCAGAUCCUUGGAGCCGAGGAUAAAGACACUCAGCACGGUCCGGAAACAAGGAACGCCGCAGCUGCAGGCGGUGACCUCGACGACGGCAAACACGGUGCUCCAUGUGUCAUCGCCCGAGGGUACCUGUGACGAUCAUGGGUCGUGCCGAGGUGGACUAGUGGACUCUGGCUGCGGCGGCCGGGGGAGAGGAAGAGACCAAACCAAGCUGCAGCCCGAGGUCACGGUGGGGCUCGGACGCGUGUGCCGGGGCCUCCCGCCACAAGCGCGUCGCGCUCAGCCACCGGCCUUCUCCACCAAACCACUCAAUCCUGUCGUUCUCGGAUGCGACAAUAACGCGACAUACAGCAACAGCAAAACUCUGGUGGAAGAUAUGAACAGAGUACUUAGACACCCGCUGUUCGGCAGCGGACCAGUGUGCAGGCGAGGCGAUGCUCUCAUGACCGUCAGCUGA